CAUCCCAUCACCGGUAGGAAUUGCCCGCUACCGCCACCAUGUCGACCAUCACAAGGACUCUGGGCAACCUGCGCAAGGUUGGCAUCAAGGAUUACUUCCGCCAGAUGCUGUACAUCGGUGACACAAAGGCCGGAACCCUCAUCGGCACCGACCGCGCCGGCAACAAAUUCUACGAGAACCUCGAGGAACUGCCGCUCCGCACGCGCUGGGUCGACUUUGCCAAGCACGACUACGACGCCGGCCAGAUCGAGCCCGGCUGGCACGCCUGGAUCAGCUACGCCGUCGACAAGCCGCCCACCGAGGACCCCCUGAUUGCGACGGGCACACGGCACUUUGAGCCGGCGCUGCCCAAGCCAAACUAUACCAUGACGCGGGGCGCUUUCAAGACGUACAACACAACGAAGCCGAAGCUCAACGCUUGGGAGCCAGUGGUCAAGGACCGGGUAUGAGUGGUUUUUGAGGUAAAAGAUGGUGUACAUAUUAUAAACGGCAAACACAAAUGAAUCAAACAAUAGACACAGGCAGAUAUGUGCAUUACUUGGUGAUGUUAGCAGGAGAGACUAUCUCAAACACUUGAACGGUGG